CGAGUGGGUUUGAACAGCUACCUCAUUUUCACUUGGAAGGACGAGAAGCUCCAGUGGAACCCGGCUGACUACGGGGGGCAAACUGAGAUCACCGUCAUGUCUAGCAGAAUCUGGUUACCCUACCUGAACUUGCAGAACAGUUUAAGCGACUCCCCGCAGUCCUUGCUCGAUUUAUCGACGCAUACGCCAGUUCUGAUCAACAACGAAGGCAUCAUCAAAUGGUGGAUCUAUGCUCCAAUGUUGACUGUCUGCAAACUGGACAUGACGUACUUCCCUUACGACAAACACUACUGUAACUUUGUUCUGGUCGUUAUUGGCUACAGAGGGUUCGAGUUGGAAUUGAACUGCACAGAUUCCCGACCAAACAAUGUUUUUUUUGUCACCAAUGGAGAGUGGGAAGUUGACGCGGGUGAUUACACAUACAACUCCUUUACGCUGCCCACCGGCCAGGCAGUCAGUAUGGUGACCUCCAUCAUCACUUUUGGGCGACUUCCGGGGUAUUUCGUCAUCAACCUACUCUUCCCAACCUGUGCUCUGUCCCUUCUCAACAUCUUGGUGUUCAUCCUGCCCGCGGAUUCCGGAGAGAAGGUCGGAUACUCAAUAACAGUUUUGCUAUCAGUGAUGCUACAAAUGGGCCUGACAGCAGACUAUCUUCCAAAGACCUCUGAUGUGGUGCCCCUUAUCACGCAGUACUUGACCAUCCUCACCAUACUUAGUAUACUCAGUGUUGUAGCUACCGUCCUCAUCCUCUUCCUUCACCACAAAAGUGAUGAACAGGAACAGAAGAAGGUUAAAAUCUUGGGCGUACUGAACAAGAUGAUGAGGCCGAAGAAAAAGAAAAGCAGUGACGCGGGGGUGAAUAAGAAGAAGGAUAAUGCUGGUGGUGGCGGUGUUGGUGUUGGUGUUGGUGUUGGUGUAGGAGGUCGAGAUGGAGGAGGAGGAGACAAUGCGGAAAAAGGUAGCUCCCUGGAAUCAGGCCAUCCCUUCUGGACGUGGAGGAGCAGGGCUGCCAAGGUCCAGCCUCGUUUGCGAUCCAAAGAUGACCCCGAAACGGGCGUGGUUUCGCUGGAGGACCCCGAUACUAAUUCUUCUACAGAUCUGUCAAAAUCUACUCAAAAGUCUACUGAAUUUGAUCCGGGUGAGUCGGACAGCGGAACCGGGGGCUCAUUUUGUGACCUUGAGAAUGUGACGUCAUGCCCCAACCUCAGGACUCAAAGAUUUGCUGACGCUUGCUCGAAUGGAGAAAAAGCGGAGACGAGAUGUGUAGGCAGCCCUUGGGCUGUCAAGACGCGUGAGAAAAAAUGCGUGGGCAAAAAAGAGGAACCGGUUCUGAAGCAGCUGUCCAAUGUGGUAGAUUAUUUGUGCUUCUUGGUCUUCUCCUUUGUGUGGCUUGCUGCAACCAUAGUCUAUAUGACUGCCCUGUUCUCCUCCUGAGUUAUGAGCACGGGGUUGAUGGCAUUCGUUAAAAGAUAGUAACGGACUUUACACGAUUAAUCAAAUAGGUACUUAAGCUUAAACUUAUUAAAAGGCGAACAGCAGCAGCUGUGACCAAAGGUGGGAGGAAUGAAUGAAAAAAAAUGGAGACGAGAGCAGAGGCGAUUCUCUAAAUUAUAAAGUGUAUUUAUAUAGUAUAGCGCAAAUG